GCCACCUCUCAGUGUUCAUCAGUGCCAGCUGUCAGUGCUCAUCCAUGCCACCUGCCAGUGCCCAUCAGUGCCACAUUUCAGUGCCUACCAGUGCACAUCAAUGCCACAUAUCAAUGCCCAUCUGAGCUGCCUUUCAGUGUCACCCAUCAGUGCCAGUCAGUGACACCUAUCAAUGCCAGUCAGUGCUACCUAUCAGUGCCUGCCCAUCAGUGCCACCUAUCAGUGUCCAUCAGUACAGCCUAUCAGUGCCCAUCAGUGCAGCCUCAUUAGCGCACAUCAGUGAAGGAGAAAAAUCACUUAUUUAGAAAAUUUUAUAA